AUGGCUGCAAACACUAAUACACUCUCAUUGCGAUUGGUCCUUGAGAAGGACAAAUUGAAUGGUUUGAACUUUCUUGACUGGUUCCGUAACUUGAGGAUUGUCCUCAAACAAGAACGGAAAUUAUAUUUCAUUGAACAACUACUUCCUAAUGAACCACCCACUAAUGCCUCGAGGGCUGAUAGAGAUGCUUACAAGAAACAUCUCGAUAACAUGGUAGAUGUUGGAUGUCUUAUGCUUGCUACUAUGAAUCCUGAGCUUCGGAAGCAACAUGAGGACAUGGUUGCUUAUGAUAUGAUCGAGCACCUGAAAGAACUUUAUCAGAGGCAAGCACGGCAAGAGAGGUUCGAUAUCUUUAAGGCCCUAUUCCAAUGUAAGUUGGCUGAAGGAAGCCCAGUAGGACCUCAUGUCCUUAAGAUGAUUGGUUAUAUUGAAAGCCUGUCUAAGCUUGGGUUUCUAUUGAGCCAAGAGUUGGCCACUGAUGUUAUUCUACAAUCGUUGCUGGAUAGCUACAGGCAGUUUGUCCUCAAUUUCAAUAUGAAUGAAAUUGACAAGACUUUGCCACAGUUGCUCAGUAUAUUGCGAACUGCUGAAGGUAACAUAAAAAAGGUUGGACCCAAGCCCAUACUGAUCGUCCGUAACAACAACGGCAAGGGAAAUGCCAAAGCUCAGACAAAGCCCAAGGGCAAAGGUAGGCCCAAUCUUGGAAAAGGAAAGGCUGCACUGAAACCUAAAGGUGGGGUGUCUAAGGAAGGAAACUGUUUUCAUUGUGGUGUGACUGGACAUUGGAGGUGGAACUACCCUGUCUAUCUUGAGGAAAUCAAGAAGGCCAAGGCAAGUGGAAUGUCUGCUUCAGCUAAAGACGUAGCAAGACCAUCAAGAGGGAAAGAAAAGGCCAAAGUCGAUGACGAGUAA